AUGCAUGCACGCAAUCGGCGCCAUGGCGACGCGAAUCACGGAGUGAGGAGUAGACUGAUCUUGUCUGCUCAUCUGCCGUCGAGACAUCCGGUCUCAGGGCUCAGCAACACGCUCGAUUCGGGCUGGAUUGACUCGCCAGUCGACUGGCGACUGAGCCAACACAGACACAAAUGGGGAGGUAUCGGGUUGGCGUCCAAGUGGUAA